UGACCAGGAAGUACAUUUCGAUUUAGCGCGGGAGGCAGCGCGAGAGUCAAUUGUGAAAUAUUUUCGCAGUAUUUUACGUCGUUAUUGAGUUGAUUUGGGGUAUGUCACAUUGGUCGGUGUAGAAUUAUUAAGAGCAAAUUUUAGUGAUAUCAAUAUAUUUUAUAUGGGCCUCUUUACCAUCCAGAUUCACGUAAACACUGAAAGUUGAAAAUGCGUAUCACAUGUGAAGCAGAUAUUGGCAACAGGCUUCUUCCCUCAUUUAACAUGAGAGGGAAAACCAAGUUUACCAGAACUCAGUUAUCAGUUGGCAAGAAGCCUUCAGCCAGUGGGGAGAGCAAGGAAGGGGUGGUCUAUCUUAUGAUGUGCACUGCAAAAGAUAGGAAUGGGACCAAAUAUGUGCUUAAAAACAAUAUUGAACAGCUGUUUAUGAAGUUUAUUGAUGAAGGAAAGGCUACAAUUAGACUAAAGGACCCACCACAUGACAUAUGUUUGUGUAAAGCAGACCCCAUACAGUUGAAGAGUUUUCUAAAUGUUGUGAAGGUGGGAGCUUUGGGUAGAGAUCUUGGUAACAUUACCCUGUCCACACUUGCCCCAGCAUCAGCCAAACAAGUCGAAAAACCAAAGACCAGAAUGACCAUAUUGAAGCGCAAAGACUACCCCCUGACUACGGGGUUCCCUAGCAGUCUGGAGUUUCUAACCAUUAAUGGGUGCUCCCUCAAGAAGGUUGAUUCUAGAAUUAUUCAGUUGAAACAUCUGAGCCAUUUAAACCUCAGUGGGAAUUGUCUCACCAGCCUGCCCGUUGCAUUAGGAGAGCUACAGCAUUUAACUGAACUUGAUGUCAGUGACAACCAAAUUGAGCAGUUUCCACAACCACUUGGUGACAGUAGUCUCAGAAACUCCUUGACUUUUCUGAACAUCAGUAAGAACAAACUUAAGUUUUUGCCCCCUUCAUUUUGUGCUCUCUCAAGUUUGGUGACUUUGAAUAUGAAUGAAAACCAACUUCAGUGCCUGCCAGCUAGGUUUGGUCAUUUAUUAAAGCUACGAUUCUUGUCAGCUGCCAAAAACAGUUUAAAGACUUUACCAGGAACUUUUACACAGUUACUGUUAGAAAAACUUGACUUGUAUUGUAAUGAGUUCUUGCUGGAGGGACCUGCCACUGCUGUGGACAAAUUGUCAUUUCCAUCACUUCUAGAAUGUGCAGCAAGGUCAAUUAAGAAAGGAAGAGUGCAACAUACUGAAGAAGAUCUGCCACCGAUGUUAUUGCACUUCCUGAAGUCAGCAAAACUUUGUUUGUGUGGUGGCUACUGCUUCACCUCAUUUGUCCACUACUUGGCCAGGUUUGACCUUCGCACAAUAGCCAGCGAUGUGGUCAGUCUGGACGCUGGUGGACGGUACACUGCUCCAGUUGAGGGCUUCCUUUGUUCGCAAAGGUGUUAUCAAGAGUAUCAGAAAAGACCUUUUGCUACCAUGUGGGGAAAAAGAACAUAAUAGUUGGGGAAUUUGCCAAGUUAGAAAAGGAUAUUUUUCUUUCUCAGGUUUUUGAGUUUUGUGGGUUACACAAAAAUGAUUCCUAAUGCAAGUCAUUGUGAUAGAUGUGAUGUAUUAGACAUUGCUUGGGCUGAUCUAAGGCAUUUUUAUUCUAUUUGAUGAAAAACUACAGCUAUAAAAGUGGAAUAAAGGCUUUAUUUAAUAAGUUUUGAAAAAGCAUUUUAUCUUUUUUUAUAAGAUUUUUUACAGCUUGCAUCAAAAAUUGUUUUAAUAUUUCUGUAUGGUUACGUAUAUUUGUUAUAUCAAGUGUCAAUAAAUUAUUUGUAUGAAAAUCUUUUA